GCGUAAAUAAGACGCAUCGCAGUCGGUGUUUAGACAAGUGUCGAGACAGACGUGUGCGGUCGGUAGAUUCGCGAGUGGGAUUGCCGUUGUUUGCGCGCAGUGUAACGGGUAAUUGGCUGUUUAAUACGGGGAAAUUCGAAGAGCGGGAUGGGAUUUUCAGUGGGUUUGCAGCGGGAGGAGACGUUUUCGAAAUCGAGCCUACAGAUCGGUGUGUAUUAGAAUUUGUGCCAAAGUUGGAUUGAUUUUGUUAGAAAACAAAUUAUUCACGUAUGUGGGAAAAACAGCAACAAUCACGCUUCGUGGGCACCAAUCUUGUUUAGCAUUACAGAUGAUUCAACCGCGAGAAUUUCUGUAAUCACUCAUGCACUUCAACGCACAACUUUAAUUGCCGUAUGCAUAUGAGUUCAUAUCUAGUCGGUAAUUCUACUAAACAUUCUCGUUUCAUGGAAUUCCCAAGACUGAUCACACUUCCAUAUUUUAGGUGCAUUUAAUCGAAGUGAAUAUUGUGAGAGCGUUAACCUUGUUUCCAAAUACGCUCAGUGCUACAUAGCGAACAAGUUCGUUAAACAGCUUUUAUUAUAAAGCAAAACUAUCAGCAUACAAAGCGACGGUCGUAGAAGCCACAAUCGUUUGCUCGACAAAGUUGUAAAAGUGUCGAUUACAAGAAUCCAACGUCCGUAGCGUAGUAUUUCAAGUUUUCGCAGAAAUUUCCCAUGAUUGAAAAAUUAUCCACUCGCGAUCUGCCUCGUUUCAAAAGCUGCGAAAGAGAAGAAGAGGAGUCCGAUGCAGGCACGUGCUCGUCGAUCUUCUUAUCGCAGAUAGUGCGCGUUAUUUGAAAAUCCACGUGAACGAAGCGUAAGAAAGUGGGGGAGAGGAGUGUCCACUCGCGUUCACAUACUCACGGAGAUAGAUAGAUAGAGAGAGAGAGAGAGAGAGAGAGAGAGAGAGAGAGAGAGAGAGAGAGAGAGAGAGAGGGAGAGAGAGAGAGAGAGAGAGAGAGAGAGAGAGAGAGAGAGAGAGAGAGAGAGAGAGAGAGAGACGAACGAUAAAAAACGUACUCACGAGCACGAGGAUGCUAGUCGGGCAUUACCGCGACGACACGACUAAGCAGUUGCUACAAGAGAGCCGCACGGUGAGGUCCGAAAAAAGAAUCGGCGACUAGAGCCGAUUUCGCGACGCGUCGCGCCAACAUCUCUGGUGAAAGAAAAUACUGCUUGCAAACAUGGUCCGAGCUGAGAUUGUCGGGCUCUUGUGUCUCCAAUUGAUAAUCUCAACGAGCGGCCGCACGUUGGACGAUCAAGCGAAAGCCGAGACCAUCAGGACGCCGGCACCGAAAGAGAAAAAAGUAUUUUCCCUCGACGAUGUCAUAUCGAAUGCUUACACCAGCGACUCGUUCAACGGCAGCUGGAUAUCGGAGACGGAAAUUUUUUACCGCAUCGAGGAAGCGCUGCUCAAAUUCGACGUGACUACCAAGCAGAGCGAAAUUAUUGCGAAGGAUGAGCUUUUCGAUGAUGUGAGCGGGCUAAAGUUCUACUUGUCGCCGGACAGGCAUCACGUGCUGAUUCGAAACUUGACGGAAAAAGUUUACCGGCACUCGUCCCUCAGCGUGUACAGCAUUUACACUAUCAAAAACAGGUCAGUAUCGGUCUUAGCCGACGGUAAGCGUCUAUCGACGGCGUUUUGGGCACCUCAGGGCAGCGCCCUGGUCUACGUGCUGGACAACGACAUCUACUAUCACCAGCUGGCCAGUUAUGGAGUCGAGACGCGUCGCAUCACCUUCGACGGCAAACAGCAGGCGGUCUACAAUGGCGUCCCCGACUGGGUCUACGAGGAGGAAGUUCUGGGGACCGACAGGGCCAUGUGGUUCUCACCGAACGGCGAGCAUCUCGCCUUUGCCACCAUGAACGACACCGAAGUUGUCGAGGCUGUGAUUGUGAAAUACGGCAGGCCCGGCGACCUCAAGAAUCAGUAUACGUACGAAGAGAAGUUCAGGUAUCCGAAGCCGGGAACGAAGAAUCCGCAAGUCACCCUGAACCUCGUUGAUCUGACGGAUCAUGGAUCAUCGCUAAUUUCCUUGAAGGCUCCCACCGACAUCGUCGGAAACGAGCCGAUCCUCUACGCGGUGACGUGGUUCGACCGCAAAACGGUCGUGGCCACUUGGACUAACCGCUUGCAGAACGUCUCGCAAUUAGCGAGCUACUCGUUGGCCGGCCAGUGGCAGCCUCUUCUCACCCAGGAGGUAACCGAUGGCUGGCUUCUCAGCGCCUACACUGGCGCUUCGCCGAUAUACUACAAGGGCUACGUCUUCCUCGUCGAGCCCCAGCCGAUAGGAAACAAGAGCCUCGGCGAGUUCGGCCACGUGACGAGCUACCGCCUACUGAACGGUGUCCUGGACCACGAGGUGGACCUGACACCCGGUGCGACGUGGGUCCACGCGCUUCACGGAGUCAACGACGUCAAGAGAGUGCUUUACUACACGGCGAGUCCACCUGGUCAACCCUCCCAGAAGCAGCUCUACGAGGUCAGUCUGGACGCCUCCAAGGACGUCCCAGCCACACCCAACUGUCUGUCCUGCGAGCUCAAGACUCCCGAAGGAAACACUUGCAAGUACGUAAGCUCGAUCGCCUUCUCCAAGGACUUCUCGAACUACGUUCUCACUUGCUCGGGUCCGGAUCCAGCUACCGUCAGGAUCUACGAUCUCGAGGGUAAGGAGCUCUUCACCUGGGCCGGCAGCCAUGUGCUCCGGUUGAUGAUCGCCAACCGCGUGCUGCCGCAGCAACGGGAUUUGGAGGUCGAGUCCAAUGGGUUUAACGCCAGGGUCAGGCUGCUACUGCCGCAGGACUUCGAUCCGGCCAAGAAGUAUCCGAUGCUCGUCAAUGUGUACGCAGGCCCGGACAGUCAGAGGAUCAACGACGGCUUCUCCGUGGGCUUCGAGACGUACAUGUCGACCAACAGGCAUGUGAUACACGCGUGGAUAGACGGGCGCGGCAGCAGCUCCAAAGGCACCGCUAUGAUAUAUGCGGUUUAUCGUAAUCUUGGGAGUGCCGAGAUGGAGGAUCAAAUAAACGUCAGCAGAAAGCUGCAAAAAAUGUUCCCUUGGAUCGACAAAAACAAGACGGCCAUUUGGGGCUGGAGUUACGGCGGCUACUCCACCGCCUCGAUCCUGACGAAGGACGACGACAGCGUCUUCAAAUGCGGAAUCUCGGUCGCCCCCGUCACCAACUGGAUCUACUACGAUUCGAUCUACACGGAGCGAUUCAUGGGCCUGCCGACCGCGAGCGACAACCUGAAGAACUACCAAGCCAGUGGAGUGAUGUCCCGCGUGGAGAGGCUCCGGGGUAAGAAGUUCAUGCUGGUCCACGGCACCGGAGACGACAACGUCCACUACCAGCAGUCCAUGGCUCUCAGCCGAGCCUUGGCCGAGGCCGACAUCCUCUACGACCAAGUUAGCUAUCCCGACGAGGCUCACCAUCUCGGACACGUGACCAAGCACCUCUAUCACACUAUGGACAAGUUCUGGUCCGAGUGUUUUGGAUACAAGCGAUAAAAAUCGCACCUGUGUUUUCAACUCUGGACAAUUUUGUUGUACCCCACGACUCUAGAAAGAAGAUUUAUUUUUGCAUCAUACCGUUCACUGUACGAGUUUUCAAGCGCGUUGUUACAAAUUAAACCAACUACUGUACAAUCGUA